AAACGCCAAAAGUUCCAGUCAAAACAAAAAAAAAAAAAUCCAUUCGAUUGAAGCGAACUUCUUUUAACAGCUUUUUCAACGACUUUUCAUUGUAUAUUCCGAUACUUGACCAUGGGUAAGGCCACACAGUUGCUUUCGCAUCCCAGUGAAUUGAGAGCAGUCAUUCAAUUGUUCUGGUUUAGAAAACCAUUUCAUCCUCAAGACGUAAAUAAGUUGGGGCCCAGUUUGAAGAGAUGCUACGAGCUUCUUAAUAAGACUUCACGUUCGUUUGCAGCAGUGAUUCAGGAAUUGAAUCCCGAGUUGAAGGAUGCAAUCAUGAUCUUUUAUCUUGUGUUGAGGGCUUUGGAUACCGUUGAGGAUGAUAUGUCCAUUGACCCGGAAAUUAAAGUACCGUUAUUGAGAAGUUUCCAUGAAAAAUUGAGUUUAAAAGAUUGGACUUUUGAUGGUAAUGCAUUGGGUGAAAAGGAUAGGGUGGUUUUGGUGGAGUUUGAUGUUAUAUUGGCAGAGUAUCAUAAAUUGAAGGACCAUUAUCAAGAUAUUAUUAAAAAAAUUACUAAUGAAAUGGGUAAUGGUAUGGCUGAUUAUAUCUUGGAUGAAAAUUUCAAUACUCAGGGGGUUGCUACGAAUAAAGAUUAUGAUUUAUACUGUCAUUACGUUGCCGGGUUAGUCGGAGAAGGGUUAACCAAGUUAAUGGUUUCAGCAAACUUUGCCAAUGAUGAAGUUAUUAAAGAUAAUUUUGCUAAAUCUGAAUCCAUGGGUCUUUUCUUACAAAAAACUAAUAUCAUUAGAGAUUAUCAUGAAGAUUUAGAAGAUGGGAGAUCUUUUUGGCCAAAAGAAACUUGGUCAAAAUAUACUUCUGAUUUAACCUCAUUUCAUAAAGAUCAAUCAAUUGAAUCAGAAACUCAAGGGUUAUAUUGUAUCAAUGAUUUAGUUCUUAAUGCUUUAAAUCACGUUACCGAUGUUUUAACUUACUUAUCUUUAGUUAAAGACCCUUCUUGUUUCAAUUUCUGUGCUAUUCCUCAAGUUAUGGCAAUUGCUACUUUAGCAACCAUUUAUAAUAAUCCAAAAGUUUUACAUUCAAAUGUUAAAAUUAGAAAAGGUACUACUUGUAAUUUAAUUCUUAAUUCAAGAACCUUACCUGAUGUUGUUAAUGUUUUCAGAUAUUAUGUUAAAAUUAUUAAUCAUAAAUCUUCAGUUCGUGAUCCAAACUAUUUAAAAAUUGGUAUUAAAUUAGGGGAAAUUGAACAAUUUUGUGAAAAAAUGUAUCCUACUUCGGAAACUAUUCCAAAAACUGCUACUUUAACUCAAUCCCCAAUUACUAAAUUCAUCUUGGAAAGAAAUAAUAUCGAUGACCAAAUUAAACAAAUUGUUAGUUUGGAAACUUUAAAAUGUAAUGUCACCUUAGGUUUAGGUUUAUUUUCUGUUCUUGCGUUGGUUUAUUCUUUAAUUUUUUAAUAAUCUUUAUAUUUAUCAGUGAUUUUUAAAUAUGUUUUAUUCUCUUUUAAUUCAUGAUAUAAUUGACAGUUU